GAGGGACGCGAUGGCGCUGCCGGGGCUCAUCAAGAAACUCGGUCACCCGCUGGCGGAGAUCCGGGAGCGCGCGCUCCGCAGCCUCCUCUGCAAGCUGGAGCACGGGCUCACCUGUCCCGCCGACCUCGUCCAGGAGAGGCUGCUCUUCCUCCAUCUGCUGGAGUGGUUCAACUUCCCGGCUGUCCCCCUGCAAGAAGAGGUCCUCAGCCUGCUGAGCAAAUUGGUGAAGUAUCCCUCAGCAGUCCAGCAUUUGACUGAACUUGGUGCCGUGGAGUUUCUAUCCAAGCUUCGUCCUAAUGUGGAACCAAACCUGCAGGCAGAAAUUGAUGGCGUCCUGGAUGGGCUUUUUGUUCUUCCUUCAGAAGUUUCUGCGGUGUCCUGUGCCUCCUAUGAAACCAACCAUGCCGAAUUGCUCCAGCAACCUGAAAUCUUAACAGGAGGAUAUUUUCCCCAAGACAAAAGUAACCUCCAGCAGAUGGACAUGCCUCCUCGGUCUGUGGUAAAUCAGAAUGCGAAGUGUUUGAAGUUUUCUACGUUUCCUUGGCUACCCCUGACUACCACGGACAGACACGUCCUCUCCUCCAAUGAAAGCUCUUUGAGAAGUAGUAAUCACACUUUGAUCUGGAACACCUGUGAACUUUUGAAGGACGUUAUCAUGCAAGAUUUUCCCGCUGAGAUUUUUCUUCAGAGGCCCAAAAUUGUUCAGAGCCUUUUGUCCCUGUUGAAGCUGGCCUUCGGAGGAGAUGGCAAGCACCGCCUGGCGCUGCAGUCAGUGUCCUGCUUGCAGCAGCUGUGCAUCUGUUUAAGAAAUAGACUUAACUUUCACCGAGACCCACAUUUUUUCUCUAAUAAACAAGAUACAAUUUCCCAGAAUUCUUCCUUGUCUUACUGUCAUGAAGCACGAGGUACUCAUCAGUCCCAGAACCUGUCCCCAGGAAGCAGCAGCCCCCGGCCUUCUGUGGUUGGGCGCACAGGCCAGCGCCCCAGGGGAGAUGGCCAGGAUUGGGAUGCAGUGUCCUCCAGCGGAAGCAGCAGUCAUGCGCAUGUGAACUCUAGGCUCUCUGGCCACUCCCCUCUGGAUCUGGGGCACAUGGACCUGCCAGAGCUGGACAUGGAGGACACCCUGGAGCUACAGUUUCAGCAGCUCAGCCUUCCUCAGUUCUGUGUGGCUGUUCUGGAGUCUGCAGCUCCGCUCCUAAGGACAGGUAGUAGACAAAUGAUAAUAAGAGUUCUGGAAUUGCUCACAGAGGAUAUAACCUUGAUUGGUGAAGCCAUUUCAACUGAAAUCUGGGAUGACAAUAGCCUUUUUGCUAUAGAUAUGAAAGAGAAACUGCUCAUGGUGUUGGAGUCCCUGGGAGAUACCCUGUGUUACCGUAAGAGCAGUGCUGGCUCAGAACAAACGGAGGCCAUGCAGGUGCAUCACAGGAUGACCUUCGUCAGUGUUGGGCUCUUUGUAGUUCGUCUGUUGCAAAUACUUCUCCCGGUGGAAAAGGCGAGCGAGUUUUUACCAGAGCCCAUGUCAGCAGCAUUAUUUCUCCUUUGCUUGGACAUGCCAGUGGCUUUGGAAUAUCCAAAUAGUCAUGAUUCUGCGGUGGCCUAUUUGGAACAGCUGAAUCCUGAAAAUUACAGUGUUUAUAAACGAACUGCGGAGGCUGUGUAUUCCAUUGAAUGUACCUGUAACUUCCUAUCUGAUAUCGAGAAGGAGGGAGAGAAGAACUUCUUAGAAUUAGUGGAGCUGGCAGACCAAGCCCUGCGCACCUUUUCCUACCAUCAGCAUUUCUCCCUAAUAAAGGAAAUCAUCUCCAUUUGUUCAAAGAUCUCCAGGUCUGCCCAAGCCAGUCCCCUGCUCCAAGGAGAAAGUCAGAAGGUGCUGCUCCAGAUGUUGGCCCACCCAGUGCCACGCGUGAAAGUGGAAGCCUACCACUGCUGCCUGGAGGUUGUGAAGGAAUGCUUAGGUGUCCAUAAUGUCACUAAACCUGUGUCUUCGCUUUGUAGUGGAAUUCAUUUUCUACUUCAUCCCAAAGUUCUGUAUGAAAUCUCUGCAUUUGGUAUUCAAGAACCCAAAAAUGAGGUGAAUGCAGCGGCCAAGGCCAUUCUCUUGUAUCUGCUUCAGGGUCGAUUGAUGAUGACAGCACCGACCUGGAACAAGUUCAUCGAGUCUCUCUGUCCUGUCAUUCCAGUUCUGCAGGGCUAUGCCGACCCAGAAGAUCCCUUGGGUAACUGCAUCCUCCUUCUAAGCAAAGCAAGUUCUGAGGCGGGAGAAGGGAUCCUCCCCCACAUCACCAGGCUGAGGUCCGUGUUGCGACUUCUAUUGGUGAAAAAGCCAUCGGUUCGCUCACUAGCACUGAAGCUAAUAGCAUUUCAUCUCACAAGUGAAGAAGGGGCUGAUACAAAGCGCCCCUUAAUAGAUGCCAGAGUUCUCGCCAGAGUUACUAAUUUAUUUAUUGUGAAAAAACCUAUUGAACUCAAAUUAGAUGAUGGAAGAGACCUGGUCAUUAAGUUGGAGACUGUUGAAAAGGUAUAUGAAAUCUUCACCUCAGAUGACGUUGACCUGGUUUUGAGACGGUCAGCUGCAGAGCAGCUAGUAGUAAUCAUGCAAGAUAUUAAAAUGCAUGCUGUGGUGAAAAAGUUAUGCUUAAUUGACAAAAUAAUCGGCUAUUUGAAUAAAUGUGUGAGUCAAGAUGGCAAGGCUACAGAGUGCUUGGUGAAGCCAUGUGUCACCCUCCUGAGGAAGCUUCUCUGUGCUGACCCUGUCAUGCGUGCAUCGCUGUCGCACCAGUCUUCACUCUUGUGCCUGUUACUCAGAGUUUCCUUGAUAUUUCAUGAAGACUGUACCAUAGUGACUGAAGUUGGAGCAUUGUUUUGUCUUCUGUUAUUUGAUGAAGUAUCAAGCAUGGAUAUGUGGUCUGUUAAUCCUUCCAGUGAACCUUCUUCACCAUCCGUCUUCAGUUUGCCCGUUUCAGUUUUUAGGAGGUAUCAUCUGCCAAUACAUGUAAAUGGCCACCAUGUUGUGAGUCCUUACUCAAUAGUUUUGCCAUUAACUGCUGAUUGCUUGGCCUUGAAGCCGGUGUCCGACAUGCUGAGAAUGGCUUGGAACCUGUCCUGGUACCAUGGGAGUGAUAAUCUACUGAAACAAAUAAACUCUGAAACUAAAAUCCAAAAGUUUGUAGAUACACUACUGCUGUCCCCAGAGGACAUCCUCACGCUGAAGGCCACACACAUGGCUAGUGGGCUGCAGGACUGCCUUCAGUCCAUUGUUCAGGCUGUGGCCCACAGGGAUGUGAGGGCUGCUGUCACCAGGAUGGGUUUUUAUCUUCUGAAUGACAAACUGUCUUUAAAGAGCGCCGCUGGCCCAUGUGGAGUUACCUUAAAGUCCUUGUCCUGGCACACAGUGCUAAACAGGUUUUUACAAGUGCUUCCUGCUUGCAUAGAAGAUGAGAAACUGCUAAUAGAUAUCAUACAUUUUCUAAAUAAGUUAAUAAAAGUACAAAGAAAAAAUCCAUCAGUAGAACUUCUAAACUGGAUUCUAGAAUUACUCCUUAGACAUGGUCCAAGCCCACUCUUAGACCUGCUGGUUCCGACAGACACCCAGGCUGGAGCGGACGUGGACGACAUCCGGACGGCAGUCAGGCAGCAGCUUCAAAAGGAACUGAUGGCUCUUUUCAGUACCAUGCUGCUUAGUGUCACGGCCCUCACUGACAGGAAAUGCUUGGAGCUUUUUUAUGUUUUCCAAACACAGCUGUCCCUGAAAUUGCUCCAGUGUCUGAGAGUAACAGAUGCUCCUCAUUUCUAUGGAUUGCCUUCCCUUGAGCGGACAUUACAUGGAAUGGCUCACCUCACCACGUUUCCUGGCUGGAGCUCCCAUUCUCCUCUCACAAAGCCUCUUGAAAUUUGUGUGAAGUACUUGUCAGGUCUCCUUGAGGUCAUUACUUCUUUUUAUGUGGAACGUGGGGGAAAUGCUAUGUCCUUCAUGGGGAAAGGCGUCACAAAGAGCACCAUUCUUUGCUUGCUCCACUUGUCCCAUGAGAUGAUGGCCCAGGCUCCAAGCUCGGAAUGGAUGUCACAUUGGUUUUUGCCUUUGGGCACUCACAGCGAAGAAUCCUCUCCUCAGCAAGGGCUGGCCUGGUUAAUUCCGUUAUGGGUUGAUCGGGACCCAGAGGUUAGAUUCACCUCACUGGGAUUAGGAGCAGCACUGACCACUCUUGAGGCUGGCUGUGUGGCCUUGACGAGCAGUUGUCAGAACAUUUCUGGUGGGCUCUGGGGCACUGUGCUGAGCAUUCUUCUGGACCCACUGGAAUGCAGUGUGGUGCGCCGGGAGGCUGCAUUCAUUUUUCAGAAUCUCCUUAUAAUUCCAAUGCCUUCAGAAGUUAUAAAGGAUUAUACUUGGCAGGGCCCCUGUGUCCAUGAUGAGGACUCUGGCAUGUCACUCACAGGAAAGCCUGCCCUUCAGGCUCUUUUGUAUCACUACCAUUUUUAUGAGCAUUUGACACAGAUGGUGAAACAUUGUUUCCUAGGACGAUAUAUUUUCCAUUCCCCAUCUUCUCCUUUUGCUGGGACUUCGGGGGGCAAUGACUUAAAUAGUUUAGAUGACUCUUUCAAGUUUUGGAGAGCCUCGUCCAGAAUGUCCAGUCAGGAUCAUGAUCCAAGUUCUCUCUCCACCUCAGAAACAAUGGUGACAGCUUCAGUGGAAACUGCUGACUUUCACCCACUUGUGUCAGCAGUAAAUCUUCCGUCUGAAGCUUCGCAUGAGCAGUUUGUGGACCAAGGUCCACAUGGAGCCACACCAUCACGACCUCUCCGUGACUCAUCCCUGUCCGCCCAACUGUCCAAGCCAGUUACCCCAUCUCUUGUUACCCCAUCUCUUCUCUCAGCAGUCUGCAGCCUCUUGGACAACCUCUUGGUAGUUGUUCCAAGAGACACUGCAGAUGCCUUGCAACAAGCCGGUCUCCCAGAGCUUCUCUGUAGCAUCGUGGAUGUCCCACUCAUGGAGAUGUGCAUCCAGGACCUCAGGACCCCACUACCUGCCUCUCCUCCAGUUGAAGACACUCAGGCACAGAUUUCCUUUCUCCUGGAAUACCUGUCCUCAUUGUUCAGGCUUCUGCAGUCCUGUUUGUUGGUAGAUACUAACCUUGUGACGCAGGACAAAAUUCUGAAGCCACUAAUCACUAAUGUCAUUGGAGUUUUCACCAUAGUCAUCAAAGAUAUAUCAGAUGCGGAGUUGGAGUCGGCGUUUUAUCUCAUGUGGACACAUGUGUGUGGUCUUCUGACCACACUCCUGAGGAAAGCCGGGUCUGUCUCCCUCCCAUCUGUCACUUCCGCUCUGGCCAAGCACUGGGAAGCAGUGACUGAUAUGUUCUGCAGAUGUGUGGGCUUGUCCAUCAGGUGCCCUGCCCUGUGUUCUGCCAGCCUGCAGCUCCUGUCUGUUCUCUUGAUGGAGGAAGAAAAACAGCGUGUGCAGAGUAAGGGCAGAGCAAGUGUAUAUCCUGCUCUGACGGUGGCUUCCCUGCUGGAUGAAGGGCAGGAGCACCAGAAAUCUGCAGAAAGACUCAAUGAGGUCAUUCUUCAGUGCUAUGAAGGAAAAUCCUCCAAAGAUCCCCUGAAAAGACCUGCAACAAAUGCCCUGCUGUCACUCCUGGCUGCCAGCAGAAGAGCUCAGAGGCAUGCCCUGAAAGCUGAUCUCAUAGACAGCUGCAUGGAGCAGAUGAAGCACAUUAAUGCUCAACUGAGCCUAGAUUCUCUGAGGCCUGGGAAAGCCGUACUGAAGAAAAAGGAGGACGGUUUCACCAAAGAGCUCGGCACUACCAUGCAGCUUCUAAGAAACUGCCUGUAUCAAAAUGAAGAAUGUAAAGAAGCAGCUCUCGGCGCUCAUCUUGUCCCUGUUGUGCACUCUCUCUGGCCUUGGCUUUUGAUGGACGAUUCACUGAUGCAAAUUGCCUUGCAGCUUCUUUGUGUCUACACCGCAAAUUUUCCCAAUGGUUGCAGUUCUCUUUGUUGGUCAAGUUACGGGCAGUUUGUCCAAGCUGCACACAGAGGAGCCAGCAGCAGCCUGAUGCUGUGUGUCCUGAAGUUGGCCUCGCAGGUUCCUCUGGAGAGCACAAACAUCCAGCAGAUGGUCUUCAUGUUUCUUUCAAACCUGGCUUUGUCUCACGACUGUAAGGGAGUAAUUCAGAAGAGUAACUUCUUACAGAACUUUCUAUCUCUACCAUUGCCAAAAGGAGGAAAUAAACAUCUCAGUAGCCUGGCUGUUCUCUGGUUGAAGUUACUCCUGAAUAUAUCAUUUGGAGAAGAUGGGCAGCAAAUGAUUCUGAGGCUGGAUGGCUGUUUAGACCUUCUCACAGAGAUGAGCAAGUACAGGCCAAGGAGCAGCCCUUAUCUGCCCCUUCUUAUUUCUCAUAACAUUUGCUUCAGCCCGGCGAGUAAGCCCAAGAUCCUGGCGAAUGAAAAAGUCAUUACUAUGCUUGCAGCCUGUCUAGAAAGUGAUCAUCAAGAUGCUCAGAGGAUUGGAGCAGCUGCACUUUGGGCUCUGACUUACAAUUACCAGAAGGCAAAAACAACUUUGAAAAAUCCAUCCAUAAAAAGAAGAGUGGAUGAAGCAUAUUCCUUAGCAAAAAGAACUUUCUCAGACUCAGAAGAAAACCCACUAAAUGCCUACUAUUUAAAAUGUCUUGAAAACCUUGUGCAGCUGCUGAACUCUUCCUGAGCCAUGAGCGCUGCCCCUCAGGCUGACAGCCACGCAGAGGAGAACUGGACCUGAGACUCUGGGCAGCCCCUGCCCUGCAGCAGGUGCCCGCUCUGCAGACUGCUCGCCGCCCUCAUCCCGGAGAAACAGAGGAACACUGACGCUGGUGGGCGACGCCCACUGCGCCCACUUCUGUGCUUCUCUAGAAGACUGACAGACCCUAGGGAAAGCAGUGUUUUUACCUACUGCUAUGCAAUUUACUCUGUA